AAUAUUGAAGGUUUUAGACGCUCCAAAAUAUUUAGGAGCACGUCUUCACUCCGAAAUAAUAAAAGCCAUGGACAGAGGGCUCCCUCCCUUCGACAAUUAUGCCCCAUAAGCCCCAUAAGGACGUGAGGGACAUAGUAGCAAUCCACAUGAAUUAAUCCUUAAAAUCUUAUCUCAAAGAUAAAUAAAAAUAAUACAUUGACUCAAGAUGAACUACACGAGCUUGUGGCACGUAAUUUUAAUACUAUUAUCAUGUUUUGGUGUCAGUUAUGCUGACAAUGACGAAUUACAAAUCAAUCGCCAUAGGAUUGGUGAUGGAACAACUACUGCUGUACCAGUGUUCAAUAAAUCGGAGACUAUUGUCACGAUAAAUAAAACAACACCGACUCCUGUGAUCACUACUGCCGCAUCUGCAAGUUCGAAAUACACCACCUCAGCUGUUUCGACCACUGGUACAAGGCAUACAACGAAAAAUAAUGAAUAUAUGAGCACUAAUCCGACUAGGUUGACUACAACCACUGCAAUACCACCGGAUAAUAGUACAAACUGCGAGACUAAAAUUGAUCUAGCUACUUAUUUGGGUGGAUGUGCAGUUACGGCGAUUGCUUUCAUGCUUGGACUAUGCAUAUUUAAAAUGCACGCCAACUGGGUAUCUGCACGAAAUUAUCUGAGUAUCUAGCUGAAUUGUCACAAAUUAAUAAAUGAAUAAAAAAUAUUUUUCUACCUUCAUAA